GCAGUUCGAAGCUAGCAGUAGAACAAGAAGUGUCGCAUGAUAAUAAUCUCUGUUUUUUCUCGUCACCAACAGAAUCGUUCGCAUUCCUUCCGGGAUUCGUCGAAUCAUGCCACGAGAAGAAGGGGGUUACAUUCCAACACCCACCAACAGCACGGCUUGCGUAAUGGUGCGCUGCGCUCAAAUCUCUUAUCAAGACCAAAACCGAUGGCGCCGCCUGCUUAGCAUACUGUUUAGCGUCGUUGAAUAACAGCGAGAUGCGCGACUUCUGGCCACUCCGCCAGCUGCUGGCUAGCCUCGAAUGAGUGGACGCGAAACGAAAACGGAACGGUGUUCGGUCGAUUCCAUUGUCUUCAACGAAUUCCAGCUUCUAACCCGGAGUCGACUCGACAUUGGCGUCGGUGGACAAAUCAUCGCUGGAUGAUUGCAUGAAUAUUCAAUGGAUCUAUAUAUGUGAGACGAUUCAAGAUAAAGCGGUGCUACUAGCGAAGAGUAGAAAAAAAUGCUAAAAAUACCGCGCAGAAUCACCUUGAAGCAAGGAUCAAGCGAUGCAGCCGCACCUCCGGUUGACCAUCGACAGAACGACUGGCAGACGAGACGCUCUGUGACAGCGGCAAGUGGUCGAUGGUGUGUGGUUUUUGGCACGGAAUGGUCCGUAUGUUUGUGCGAGCUGGUUAAGACAUCACAAAGAUCGAUCGAUCGAUAGAUGGAUUCAAAAAUAUGAUGUUUUAAGACGCGAACGGGUCGCUGCUUGCUGUCAGUAUCACGAUGAAGCUUGCUGGAGAAGCUACGACGAUCGGCCUCACUUGGUUGCUGUGGCUCAGCAUAGUAUCGGCCGCACCAGCCUCGGAGGAUUCGGAGGCGUUGCUGGUCAAUUACGAGAGUGUCCAGAUGCGCGAGAUGUAUCGCUUUAUGUACGAAACGGAUGAUGGACAGUACCGGGAGGAAGUAGGAAUGCUGGUAAACGUUGGCACACCGGACGAAGAGCUGAUGACGAUGGGUCGGUACGGAUACACGAGCAAGGACGGUACGGAGGUGAUGGUGAUGUACACGAGCGGCAAGAACGGUUAUCGAGCACGGACGGUCAGCAGCCGUAGCAGUUCCUGGGACUCUGGGGCAAAGAAGAAGGCAUUGCUGUCGUUGCUCAUGGGCUGAGGACUUGUAGGUGAGGAAACGCCAGUACCUAAUACUAUUAAGUGCAGUUGAGAUUG